AUGGAUUUCAGCUCUCCUUUUACUCUGCAGUGCUUGCUGGUGAUAAUAACUGUUACUCAUGGCUCUCUCACCUGGACCGGUGUGCUCAGUGGGGGCUCAGCAGUCUUUUCGGUGGGAAUUCAAAGUCUGCAGACCCUCUCCAAAAUGAGCAAGAGGGACAUGAGUUGCUCGACAGCUGUCUUAAAUGAGACUUUGUUGGCCGAGUGCGGCACUUCUGCCAGCAGAUGCCUGAGCUUUCAGAACGGCUCCCUAGUGCUGAGGAGUGUGGAGAAAGAGGAUGAAGGAAAAUAUGAGUUUGUUUUUCACAACACCACCAGACUUUUUACACUGAAAGUAUUUGAGCCGGCCAUAAGUAUCCAGUGCUUCCCUAAUGGGACCGGAGAGUUGUUCUGCGAUGUGACCAGCAACGAGAGCACCAGCUUUCGGUGGCUGCUGAAUGGCACCGCACUGAGCGCCCCUGAGGCUUGUGUUAAGGAUGGCGGGAAGAAGGUUCGCCUGGACAAAACCGUGCCGGGGGAAUUUGUAUGUGAGGUUCACCAUGGGACCGCUAUCACAAGGACCAGGCCCGUUGUGCUGUCUUGCAACUAUGGAGACCUGCUGCAGUACCCGUGGUUCAUUUACAUCCUGGCAGGGUGUGCAGGUGGUGUUGUUGUCCUGGUGGUGGUUGUGUCCUCAGUCAUAUGUUGCUGCAUGAAGAGGAAACACAAGUUCAUCCCAGUGCCUUCAGAUGAGGAGAAGGAUGACGGAUUAACAAUGUCCGUGGUCUCCAGUGAAGGUGUGAAGAGCCCCCCCAAUGGAGACCAUGUUGAGGUUCAAGCUGCCCAAAUCGACUGCCCUCCAAAGCCUGAUUCUGCUGGUCAAGACAUUGAGCCCCAGCCCCAAGUGGAAGAAAACUUACAAAUGGAGAUAGAGCCUCAGGAAAUGCCAGACCCAGAGGUCAUAGUUGAUGUGGAAAGCCAGGAAAAUGCCUCAGACUGUUUUCCGGAUCCAACUGAUGACUGA